UGCACGGCGCUGCAAAAUGUCAGCCUGCGCGACCUGGAACAAUGGGAAGAUAAUUCAAUUGCUGAAAGCCUAUAGGGAAAAGGAAUGCUUGUGGAAUCCGAACAGCCCUCAGCACAGAUGCCGCAAUAUGGUGCACGAUGCAUGGAUGGAACUGUCGCUAUUUACGGGCGGCGACAUCACAGAAAUAAAGCGGAAAUUAAAGAAUCUCGUAGGGCAGUUCUACCGCGAGAACAGGAAGUACAUAAUGAUGAAGAAGUCUGGACUGACGAACAGAUUUCCCAAAUGGUUCGCCUACAAACACCUGCUCUUCCUGAAAGAAAAACAUAGGAAAGUCGAGGUGACCCCUGCAGGCAUCAAGGUUGAGCCACUUGAAAUUCCAGACGAAGACGACUUCUCAAAUGAAAGUGAAGAUGCCUUGGAUAAUGAAGAGGAUGAACUCGUAAAAGAAGAUGACUGUUAUUUAGAAAUUUUACCCGAUGUCGAACCAACGAUAGUGUACCAGAAACAACCCACACCACCACCACUGAAGAAUAAACGAUCUCAGAUAGAUGGCAUCAAAUCAUCAGUGGUCCAUAAGACUGCACAUAUAACAGAUAAUAAUGAACGAACCGAUCAAUUUAAUAAAACUUUAUAUGGAUCUGAGCGAGAUGAGUACGUGGUGUUCGGCGAGUAUGUGACGAAGAAGCUGCAAAAGCUGGACAGUCACUCGCGAGUUAUAGCCCAGCAUAAUAUAAACCAGGUGCUUUUCGAGGCAGAAUUGGGACGGUACAAGAACACUUUUCGCGAAAAGGAUGUGAUAAGCACAUCUUUGGAUGAAUCAUCGAAUCAUGACACGGACACCUUGAUAAUCAAUGACCUAGUUAAGGUUGAAACUUAUAAAUAAAAGAACUGUUUACUGUUAUUAGUUUUUCUCCAUGAUUAACUAUUUAUUUGAGUAAUCAUUUU